UUGAACAGGAUUUGGCACUGUUGUGAGGGUUAACUGUUGAACAUACAUCACAGAAAUCAAGAAGCAGUACAGAUGCUGCCUUCUUUAAAAAAUUGACGUCUUGGUGCCACAAGUGUCCUGGGUUCAUAUUCCAGUUAGUAAGGCACCCUGACUGAAGAAAAUCACAAGAUGAGACUGCUGUCUCUGAUUCACCACUGUUGAUGUAGUCUCAGACUAUGAAUUACGUGGGACAGCUUGCAGGACAAGUUCUAGUUACUGUGAAGGAACUAUAUAAAGGCAUUAACCAGGCCACUCUUUCGGGAUGCAUCGAUGUAAUUGUGGUUCGGCAGCAGGAUGGUACAUACCAGUGUUCUCCUUUCCAUGUCCGAUUUGGGAAGCUUGGGGUUCUGCGUUCUAAGGAAAAAGUGAUUGAUAUAGAAAUUAAUGGAGACACAGUUGAUCUUCACAUGAAGCUGGGUGACAAUGGAGAAGCUUUCUUCGUACAGGAAACUGAAGAAGAAUAUGAAAAAGUUCCUGCAUAUCUGGCAACCUCUCCAAUAAUCACUGAGGAUCAGUUCUUUAAAGAGAUUGAAGAUCACUUGCUGAAGUCAGGUGAAAAUGAAAGGACAUGUCAGAGCUCUGAAGUUACACACAUCAUGGAAACAGAGACUGUGUUCACCUCAGGGUCUGUGAAGAAGAAAAAGCGAAGAAGAAAGAAAUAUAAACAAGAUAGCAAGAAGGAAGAUCAGAUCUCCUCUUCUGGGGUUGAAGAGAUUUUUGAAAUAGAAAUAAGCUCUGAUGACGAGAGAGGUGUUCAACAUCUGAGAGGAUCCUCAGAUUCUUCACCAAAGAGUGAAGGGCAGAAAGAGCCUUUGAUUUAUCACUCCAAGGAUCAUUACCCUUUAUCUGAUGGAGACUGGUCCCCUUUGGAGAACCCUUUCUCAGACUCAGUCUGUCCGAAAAGUGAUUCUGAACUAGAAGUAAAACCUGCAGAGAGCUUGCUUAGAGCUGAAUCUCAUAUGGAGUGGACAUGGGGAGGAUUUCCAGAAUCUACUAAGAUAAGCAAGAAGGACAAAUUGGAGCAUCCUAGAACAGCUACCAUUACCCCAUCAGAAAAGACUCAUUUCAGGGUCAUUCUCAGCUCUGAUGAAGUUGAAGAUGAUUUUUUGGUGAAAGAGUCUGUCUGUACGGUACUGAAACCUGAGCCAAGAACUCAUCCUCUGUUUAAGCAAAUAGAGGUUAAAGAUUCUCUUGCGUCUGCAGUCAUAGAACCUCUGCUGGAGAUCCCUCAAGAAUCAUCUAUGUUAGAUUCUGAUCCUCUCCCCAACCGAUUAGUAGAUAGUCCUUCAGAAGCAAAACCACCAGCAAAAAUUGACUCUCCUUCAAAAAAGAAAGGGGUGCACAAGCGAAGCCAACACCAGGGGCCUCAUGAUAUUUACUUGGAUGACUUAAAGGCUUUGGAACCUGAAGUUGCCGCACUCUACUUUCCAAAAAGUGAUUCUGAUCCAAGUUCCAGACAGUGGACUGAGUCGGAUACUCUCUCUGGUUCCCAGUCACCACAGUCCGUGGGAAGUGCUGCUGCUGACAGUGGCACAGAGUGCAUGUCUGAUUCUGCAAUGGACUUGCCUGAUGUCACACUUUCUAUCUGUGGAGGUCUAAGUGAAAAUGGAGAGAUCUCUAAAGAAAAAUUCAUGGAACAUAUUAUUACUUACAAUGAAUUUGCAGAAAAUCCAGGACUCAUAGACAAUCCUAAUCUAGUGAUAAGGAUUUACAACAGGUACUAUAACUGGGCAUUGGCUGCACCCAUGAUUCUCAGCUUGCAGGUGUUCCAGAAAAGUUUGCCUAAGGCUACAGUAGAGUCUUGGGUUAAAGACAAGAUGCCCAAGAAAUCUGGAAGAUGGUGGUUCUGGCGCAAGAGGGACAGCAUGGCUAAACAACCACCAGAGGCAAAGGAGGGGAAGUCUGAGGCACAAAGAACAAAUGACCUGCCAGCAACUACAAAAGAACAUUUCGAGAUCUGUCAUAAGAAUUAUUAUAGUACUGCCGAUAUUCCUUUUCAUCUGUGGGUAUAG